CCCCGGGGGAGGCCCGACCGGCGGACUUCCCGGAGGAGGCGGGCGGCAAGGGCUGGGAACCAGGAGCUCUACGUGUCUGGCAUCGUGGCACUGAGGAGGCUGAGGCCGGCGGAUCAGGAGUUAGGAGUACCGCCUGGGCUGUAUGAGUGUCUCAAACUGUUCAAACGGGGCCAGCUGUCCCGCAAGGCCUGGUCCCCUGGUACUGCCCGCCCUGGGGACUCUAGAGUUUUGUACCCGUCUGAAGAUCGGAGGAGGUGUGAAGAGAAGAGCAUGUCCUAGGGGCUGCUGGGUAGGAGCCCAUCGGGAGAUUUCUGCCCUCCAGGAGCAGCUGCUGAGCUCUGAGGCCGCUGUCCGCAGUCUGCAGGUUGCAGUGGAUCAGAGGGACCAGGUGAUCAAGCAGCUGCAGCCCCAGGCUGACCUGCUGCAGGACAUUGCUCGCCGACGGCCGCCCCUGGCUGCGCUGCUGACUGCCCUGGAGGAGGCUGAGCGACUGGGCCCCUCGCCAGCCAGCAGCCAGGGCCAGCUGCUUCCCGAUGGGCCCGGCCCACCCCUGGGCAACAGCACUGGGGAGGGCCAGGAUGACUUGCAGCCUGCUGUCUUUGGGACCACGGUGUGAGCUGCUCUGGCAGAUCAGAUCUCAGAAUGUGUGGCCAAGGCCCAGAGCCCUGGAUAUCGCCAGUGUCCCUGAGGGGUCCUGGGAUAUUAUUGGGAUCUCAUAAACAUCAGAACAAAUAAAAGGCCAAGAUCCCAUUUUAAAACAGUUCCCCCCCCCCCCCCCCAGCGCUUGGGGCAUCUGCUACAUUCAGUUGAUUUUAAAUAAUUUCCAAAAUAAACAAGGGGUGAGGCAGUGGCUCAGUGGUGGAGCCCCUGCCCAGCAUGCAGACAUGCUGGCAAACUGACAGAUGGACAGCCAUCCCAGCACCAGUGAAGUAAUAGCAGCUUGACUCCGAAGCCGUGCCGUUUCCUGUUGGAGACAGGGUUCCACAGAGCCCAGGCUGUCUCAGGAGGAUGACCUUGAACUCUGCUGGGAUGACAGGCACCCAACACCAAGCCCUAUCUUGGUUUUUUGUUUUGUUUUGUUUUUUUGCUGUGAGAUGGAACUCACAGUCCUUCCAAGUGCUUUGAAUACAAGUGUAAGUCACAUGCCCAGGUGACAUGAGUCCUGACCCAUCACCACUCAUCCCUCCCGAGGCAGAAUCUCCUUACUUCAUGCUCUGUUGCUUCUGUGAAAGACGACAAAUCAUGAACCCAGGAUCCAUUUCCCUUGCCUCCAUCCUUCCCUCUGACACCACAGUCCAAGCCUCAGCCUUCCCUCAUGACACUCAGGUUUCUCUCCAAUGUCCCCUUUCAGAGGGGCCUUCUGACCAGCGUCCCUGUAGUAAUUACUACAGCCUGGUUGCUGCCUUCCACUGUGAUUGCUUCUUUUGCUUUUUUAAGGCAGUUUUGUGUAUUCCAGGCUGGCCUCUGCCCUUUUAUGUAGCUGGGGCUGCCUUUGAACGUCUGUCUACAUCAGCACCUGCCACAGCUGAUGAGGCCCCCAACAGCCAGGAGCCUCCCGGACAUCUGAUUAGCCCUUGCCCUGUCCCAGGGACAAUGGUGUUUUUGUAGCAAGUCUCCUUUUGAUACCCUGAGAGGAUCUAUUUUGUAACUCUGGUUUCGGUGCUGUCCCGGGCCUGCGAUGGUGAGGGUGUGUUGUUUUCGUCAGAGCAGUGGGGGGGGGGGGGGGGAAGAGUCCUCACACGCCCCCACAGCCAGCGUGCAACCAGCAGCUGGUCUGUUGAGUUUCAUGGUCCCCGUGCUCAGGGAAUUGUCCUGGAGCAGCCACCAAGUGUGCGUGUGUUGGGGGUGGGGGGAGAUAGGGGCUGCUCCAUCCAGCUGUCUCUGAAUCCUGCGUGGUGCUGACUUCCUGCCUGGGACCCUCAGCAGAGGAAAACAGAGGGAGGAGGGAGUUGUUUGUACAGGAGAGACACACCAGAAUAAACCAGUUAUUUCUAA